AUUUUUCUUUUUUCUAUUCGGGUGAAAAGUAAUAGUUUUUUUCUUUUAAAUGGAAGGUUUGCCUCUUCUACCAGGAUACACAUUCGGAGAUCCUACGAAAACAAGAUAUCACCGUUCCCAGUGUUUUGAUUUUAGAGGAGGAUAUGCCUUCCCAAAGACAACAUGUUUUGGCAUUGGGAAAGAACCUCUUGAUGUGGAUUCAGUAGCAUUCUUGAAAGAUGAUGACACUAUCAAGUGUGAUCCAGUGUUAACAUAUGGCAUCUUAAAAAGACCAGUUUUUCCUUCAUUCCAUCCACAUUUUGAAAUUUAUGAUAAAAAGGCUCUUAAUUUUAAAGCUUACUUCAAACAAUCUGUUUUUGAGUCACCAGUGGAACAUUAUCGUGUAAGGCAUGUCAACAUUGUCUAUUUUCUUGAGAAUGAUACAAUCACUGUCAUGGAACCACCAACUGAAAAUAGUGGCUUCAGCCAGGGGAGACUUGUAAGGCGUGGAAAAAUCCCAAAAAAAGAUACUGGACAGUUCUGGCACUGGAAGGACUUUAAUAUUGGAAUGGAUGUACCAAUGUAUGGAUUUAUUUUCCACAUAGUUGACUGUGAUGCCUUCACUAAGAAAUAUCUCACUAGCCAAGGCAUUGAAUUACGACCCCCAGAAGAUAUGCCUCCUGACCCUUAUACCAUUACUAGGAAGAUGAGCACUCAGCCUAAAACAAGAGUGACACAUUUUGUUGAUGAUAAACUGCGCCGAUUUCUGGAAUAUGAUCGGAGGAUACUAAGACUGUAUGCUGUUUUAGAAGAAAAUGAUGCUGAAUGUGAAGAAUUAAAACCUUUUAUUAUUUAUUACUUCCUUGUUGAUGACUGUGUUGAAAUCAAAGAGGUCCAUGGGAAGAAUGAUGGAAGAGACCCUGUGCCUUUACUUCUUAAAAAGACCAAGUUGCCCAAAAACUGGAAUGAUUUGCCUGCAACAUUUCCUUCUUCAUAUCUUGAAACGUCAGAGGCAGAAGUCACUGAAUAUUACACACCAGUGGAUUUUGUAAUUGGAAACACAGUUUCCAUUUUUGGGAGAAGGUUCCUUAUUUAUGACUGUGAUAAGUUCACUCGAGAUUAUUUUGAGAAUGUGCUAAGAGUUCCACUAAGAGACCCAAUAAAUGUGUUUAAGAAGCAAACAGUAAAACCGAUGAGGGUUUAUCCUCCGCAUCUUGGAUUUGGGACCCCACAGGAUUCACUGCAGUCUUGCCUGUCUCUUAUGCCCAAGCCACCCAAGAAAGAUAUUUUGCGCUACAUUCAGAAUGCAAAUAAGGUUCUGCGAUAUACAGCUGAGAUGGAAUGGUCUCAUCCAGAAGAUGAAGGGCGAAAAUUUCAAAUUUCGUAUUCAUUGAGUGACUGUAAAAUAACGAUUUAUGAACCACCUGUUAGAAAUUCAGGAAUUAUUGGAGGGACCUUCCUGAGGGCCACUCUUGUGCCAAAGGAUGGGGCCAGCCCCGAUUUUCCUGAGUAUUACACUCCUGCUGACUUCUAUAUUGGUGCAGUUGUAACAAUUUUCAAUCAUCGUUUCAAAAUUACGGGUGCAGACCUCUUUGUGUACCAUUACAUGCAGCAAAAUCAGGAUAAAUUUAGCCCUGAUAUUAUUGAUAACAUGCGCAAUUACAUGGUUCGACAAGGAUUUUUGAAAGAAGAGAUCCAGGAGCUCAUGAAGAAAUACCUAGAAGAAGAGGAACAGUGA